GCGGAGACUAUGCGCUCUAAGUCACCCAGUUGCUACCCGGUAGAGGAGGAGGAGGAGGGGAUGGCGGAACUGGGAGAGUUGGAAUUCCCGUAGCCAAACUGUCGUGGGAAUAAAAUUAGUCGGGCUCGCUGCGUCGGGAGAAGCCCAGGCUGGAGGAGGUGAAGUCCUGAGCCAAAUGCAGUAGCAAGAGCGCGCGCGCCUGGCGGUGAACUCGGGAUUUCUAGGUAAAAUAUUGAACGCCUCUUUUGAAGUCAAACGCGGGUUUAAGGUGGCUAUUCAGGGAGGCACAAGGAAAUGGUGGUAAGCCCAGAAAAGGCAUGACUCGUCCUGGUCUCCAAGAUUUUGGGACGAGAGGAGCGGGAGAGCGCCACGAUCCCGCCUAUUGCACGGAGGAAUAGGCAAGUCUCCCAGCCCCACCCCUGCAGUAGUGAUGCAGAGGACAAAUCACCGACGUAAGGAAGGGAAAAUAAACAACCAGCCGGGAACGGGGGCAGGGAGGUGGAGAGAGUAGGCACCGAGCACUCUCCAACUACAGGGGCGAGAGGGAGCGCUUUCUGGGGAAACAAACCUCGCCUAAAUCAUUGAGUUUGGAGCCCAGUGCUUUGUAGAGGCUCGGAGCGCCUCUCCCCAGCCCCAGCUUCGCCCGCGUUGGGGAAGCACAGAGCAGGAAGAGCUGCCGGCGACGGGAUCGAGAGCAGCUCAGCCGGCGGGUGGGACGCAGCGUGGGGAGGCGCCUGCGGAAGGGAGAGAGGACCCCGACGAGCUGCGAGUGCUGGCAGGAGAGAACGCAUCUGGAAGGAGCCCACGCCCGCCGAGGCGGGAAGGGAGCGAGCCUCGGCAGAGGUCGAGGGGGCGCCGCAUGGACAGCAUGCCUUUCGCCAGAGGCCCCAGUGCGGGGUCCGCGAACAACUCCAGCCCGUGGUGGCCUCUGACCACCGGCGGAGCCAAUACCAGUAGGGAAACGGAGGCGUUCGGGGAAGGCGGAGGUCCGCAGGGAGACCGGCGCAACGAGGAGCUAGCCAAGCUGGAGAUCGCUGUACUAGCCGUAACUUUCGUGGUGGCUGUGCUGGGUAACAGUGCGGUGUUGCUGGCGCUGCACCGCACGCCUCGCAAGACGUCUCGCAUGCACCUGUUCAUUCGCCAUCUCAGCCUGGCGGACCUGGCCGUCGCUUUCUUCCAGGUGCUGCCGCAGCUGUGCUGGGACAUCACCUACCGCUUCCGGGGUUCCGAUGGGCUGUGCCGCGUGGUGAAGCACCUACAGGUGUUCGUCAUGUUCGUAUCGGCUUACAUGCUAGUAGUCAUGACGGCCGAUCGCUACAUCGCGGUGUGCCACCCGCUGAAGACGCUGCAGCAACCCGCGCGCCGCUCUCGCCUCAUGAUCGCUGCCGCCUGGGUGCUGAGCUUCGUGCUGAGCACGCCGCAGUACUUCGUCUUCUCCAUGGUCCAGGUGAACAACGUCACCAAGACCUACGACUGCUGGGCCAACUUCAUCCAGCCCUGGGGUUCCCGCGCCUACGUGACCUGGAUGACGAGCGGUAUCUUUGUGGCACCGGUGGUCAUCCUGACCACCUGCUACGGCUUCAUCUGCUACCACAUCUGGCGCAACGUCCGCAGGAAGACGGCGUCGCGCGAGGGGCAGGGUGCCGAGGGCACCGGUAGUGCCUUCCGCAACGGGCUCCUCCUAGAGCCCUGUGUCAGCAGCAUAAAGUCCAUCUCCCGCGCCAAGAUCCGUACUGUGAAGAUGACUUUCGUGAUCGUGACGGCUUACAUCAUUUGCUGGGCGCCCUUCUUCAUCGUCCAGAUGUGGUCUGUCUGGGAUGAGAACCUCAUCUGGGUCGAGUCAGAAAACCCAACCAUCACCAUCACUGCAUUACUGGCUUCCUUGAAUAGUUGCUGCAACCCCUGGAUAUACAUGUUUUUUAGUGGCCAUCUCCUACAAGACUGCAUCCAAAGCUUCCCUUGCUGCCAAAACAUGAGGCAAACAUUCAACAAAGACGAUUCUGACAGCAUGAGCAGAAGACAGACUUCUUACACUAACAACCGAAGCCCGACAAACAGUAUGAUUACUUGGAAGGACUCACCUAAAUCUUCCAAGUUCAUCAAAUUCAUUCCUGUUUCAACCUGAGCCCCUAAAUCAUGCAGCUGAUUCUUCUAACAGACUUUCUGGCCCAUUGGCUGAAUCCAGCUAGCAGUCAUGAGAACAAAUGAACUAUGUGAGAUAAGCAUAAAUUAAUUCGUUGGGUACAAGGCUCUUGUUUCUAUUUGCAUUGGCAUACUGCUAUGACCAAAAGCUAUGAAUUGUCUUAUACAGAAUGGUGAUAAAAUUUUCAGGCCUAAUUCCCAGAAAUAAAUAUAACAAGUUUCUAAAGGAAAAGUCAUAACCAUCCUGACUUUAUAUUCUACUGUUGGCUUCUUUUGUUUUCUUUUUGUUUCUGGCAUAACUAAGGUUUGAUUGGUUUAAAAGUCAUAUAAUGUGGGGACCUUAUUUCUGAAUAAUGUGAGCUCACCCUCAAUCAGCCUUAGUGUUCGGAAGGCAUUAGAAGAGACUUCAAAGAAAUUAUUCCCAUCCAGUAUGAUCAGCUUAUACCUCAGAAAAUGCAGCCUCAAACAGUGGCCUAGAGAUGGGGUGGUGCCUUGGAGAGGCAUGAGUGCUAGAGGCACACGUGAGCAGGGGGUGCCUGGUUCAGAGUGGGAAGAGGAAAGUUCUACUAGAACGUAGAUUUGAAUCACUGAGAUUUCAAAACAGGAACUUUAGUACUGGCAGUUCCCUUCUUUAGGUUCCUCAUGUUUUAUAAGUUGUGAAAAGCCAAUGGACCAAGAUACUGAAGGUUAGAAAAAAAGUGUCCAUUAGCUGAUAUUUUCUUUUUUCUCCCACUGUGUGGUAAUUUUAAAGUCAGAUUUGCAGUCAGGAAUACACAAUUUUAUGAGAAGAAUAGAAGCGGAUUGCCCAAGGUACUAAGCAGACUUUUUCUGGAACACUGUAAACAUGUUUUGACCAGUGUCAAACUAUAAUGCUGUGCUAUUGGACAGAACCCUUUAACAAAAGGGUAUGCUGGAUAUUAACAUGAGCACUACUUUAUGUUUGGGGAAUCCAGAUUCAUAGAUAAGGGAGUCUGCUAAAAAGCGAUUCAGAAGACACAAGGUCCCCUCACAUUUAUUAUAAGGAACUUGGUCUUUCCUUCUCAUCUCCCACCCAUCUCGCUGUCAGAAGAAGAGAGGCAGGGUUUCAGCCGCGAUGCCAUGGAGGUGGAGAGAAAACUGCUCUGUACCUCAUCGGGCUUCCUUCAUUAUUAAAUGCAUGACUUUAGGCAAGUUACUUAAAAAUACAAGAAGUCUCUAUUUCCCUGGCUGCACAAUCGAGUUGGUAACAACCUCCCAAGAUUACUGUGAAGACUAAAUGAAAUCAAGUGUGUGAAAGACCUUCAUAAAUAAACUGCCAAAUCCUAUACAAGUGAUAGCAGUUGCUUUUAUUAUAGUCU